AUGUCAGCGUUGAAAGUCGUUUCUUCCAAGCUUGCAGCUGAGAUCGACAAGGAGCUGAUGGGCCCUCAAAUCGGAUUCACUUUACAGCAAUUAAUGGAAUUGGCUGGGUUUAGUGUUGCACAGGCUGUAUGCCGCCAAUUUCCUUUGAAGGACAAGACUGAAGCAGAGAAGGGCAAACACGUAUUCGUUAUUGCUGGACCUGGUAAUAAUGGCGGGGAUGGUCUUGUAUGUGCAAGACAUUUAAAGCUUUUUGGCUAUAACCCUAUUGUUUACUACCCUAAGAGGAGUGAGCGCACUGAAUUCUAUAAGCAACUGGUUCACCAGUUAAAUUUCUUCAAGGUCCCUGUAUUGUCACAAGAUGAGGAAAAUUGGCUCGAAUACUUAAAGCCAGAAAAGACCUUAUGUAUUGUGGACGCAAUCUUUGGCUUUAGUUACAAACCUCCAAUGAGAGAGCCAUUCAAGAGUAUCGUUGAAGAACUGUGUAAAUUACAAGACCGUAUUCCCAUUGUUUCUGUAGAUGUCCCCACAGGUUGGGACGUGGAUAAGGGUCCAAUCUCACAGCCUGCAAUCAACCCUGCGGUUCUUGUAUCUCUAACUGUUCCCAAACCGUGCAGCACAUACAUCAGAGAAAAGCACACAGCUCAUUACGUGGGAGGAAGAUUCAUUCCUCGAGAUUUUGCCAACAAAUACGGAUUUGAGCCUUUCGGUUACGAGUCCACCGACCAGAUAUUGAAGUUGUAA